GGUGGUGGAGGAUAUGCAAAGGUGUCAAGGUGAAAAAUGAUUAGGCGGGGGAAAGGCGCGGGAAAAGCUAGCAGGGGGACAGAAAAGAGUCAACCAGCCCUACCACUGCAGCUGGGUGGACAGUUACGAGACCUAAUCUAUCUUUGCACGUCUAAUCAGCGCACACACACACACUCACACGGCACGGGCCAGAGAUUUCACGACCAACUGUGACUGUGAGAGUAGGAUGGAUGGGCAAAGGCGGAUUCACUGGAGCUGAAAAGAUGAGAGAGUACGCCGGCAGCAGUACUACUGACACUGGCUAGCUAUGUGUGUGUGUGUACUGUGUACAAUGGCUGGCUGGCUAGAAAGAGCGAGGUGAGGCAAGCGCUACGUUGGCACCUACCUGAGAGCGACCCCCCGCCUUCCGCCUUGAGGCCCCUUUUAUACUCUCGCCUCGCUUUGCCUUCCCUCCAUCGCUCCGUCGGUCCUCUCACCGGCCCGUCGACAUUGCCUUCCGCCGCCCGCCGCCUUCCGCUCGCGACAGCCGGCGCCGACGUACGGCACGCCAUUGAGCGUUGGUUCGUGUCGUCUUAGCCGGCCGGCGGCAUGUCGAAGCGGCCGGGAGGGACGAAGAAGAGGCUGAAGCGCGGCCUCUGGUCGCCGGAGGAGGACGAGAAGCUGAUGAACCACAUUGCCAAGUACGGCAACGGCUGCUGGAGCUCCGUCCCCAAGAUUGCAGGCCUUGAGAGGUGCGGGAAGAGCUGCAGGCUGAGGUGGAUAAACUACCUGAGGCCGGACCUCAAGAGGGGCGCCUUCUCGCAGGAGGAGGAGGACCUCAUCAUCCACCUCCACUCCAUCCUCGGCAACAAGUGGUCUCAGAUCGCCGCGCAGCUGCCCGGCCGCACCGACAACGAGGUCAAGAACUUCUGGAACUCCUUCAUCAAGAAGAAGCUCCGCCAGCGCGGCAUCGACCCGGCCACCCACAAGCCGCUCGCCCCCGCCGCCGCCGCCGCCGCCGCCGCGCCAGUCAGCCGCAGCGCCGUGUUCAGCGAGGCCGAGCUGAUACUGUCGUCGCCCGUGGGGGAAGUGGGACAGCACAUGCCGCCGCUGGUGUCGGCGGAGAGCUACGUGUACAGCCGGGGCAGCAUGGACGGCGCCGCCGGCGUGCACGCCGCGGUGGGCGGGUGCAGCGACGACGGGUCCCUGUCGUCGCUGUCUGGGUACAACAACAACAACCAGACGGCGGACUUCGCCGGGUACCUGGACGCGGACGCGCUGCACGGCGCGGUCAUCCCGUCGGUGUCCAGCUCCAGCACGCUAAACUCGAUGGCCGGCGUGAGCCCCGGCGGCGCGGCCAACGCCAACGCCAACGCCACGGACGAGCUGUGCUGCAACAACAACAGCAACAACCACCACCCGAGCAACAGCGGCAGCGGGUUCGAGUCGUCGACGACGCAGAGCACCAGCAACCACCACCUGCCGUGGCUGGAGCUGGGGUCGAUCAGCAGCUGCACCGAGGACGCGAGCGGGGCCGGCGCCGGCGCCGACCACUACGGCGCGGCGCUGGACGAGCUCAAGUGGUCCGACUACGUGUUCGACGGCGGCUACCAGCAGUACCACCAGCAGGCGCAGUGCAUCUACGGCGACAGCAAGGCGGCCGCCGACGCCGCGGCGGCGGCGCAGUUCGACGCGCACGGGCUCGUCGGCAUCAACUGGUGCUUGAAUUGAACUCGUCCGACCAAUCGACAGCCCGCGCGACACCAACGUACGGCCGGCCGGCGGCCGGCCAGCAAGAGAUCCAGAUUGUAACGUUCGUAUACGUGAGCUUAUAAUACCCUACCCUCUCCUACAGUAGCUGCUACUAAGAAAUGUUUGGUGAGGUUUUGGCUUGUAAAUUGUUUCUCCCUUACGUUCUCUCCUCUCUUUCUUUCUUUCUUUCUUUCAUCUUGAUCUUGGUGAUCGAUCGAUUGAUUGAUUGAUCUGUAUAACUUUGCGUGUAAAAGUGCAUAUGACGAACACAGAAGGAUAUCGGUGGAGGGAUACACAUCAUAUAUUACUCCUACUAUAGACUAUAUAUAAAGGUAUUUGAUUUUUUGCGUGGUUGAUUAAA